AUGGCCCCCUCCCAGCUCCCCCCGAUCUUCAACCCUACCUCCCAGGACAUUGAGCAGCUCCUGGCUGCCCAGUGCCACCUGGGAUCCAAGAACCUCCAGUCCCACAUGGAGCCUUACCUCUGGAAGACUCGCCCCGACGGUGUCAACGUUAUCAACAUUGGCAAGACCUGGUACAAGAUCGUCCUGGCCGCCCGUAUCAUCGCUGCCAUCGACAACCCGGCCGAUGUCUGUGUUAUCUCCGCUCGUCCCUACGGUCAGCGUGCUGUCCUGAAGUUCGCUUCCCACACCGGUGCCACCGCCAUCGCCGGUCGCUUCACCCCCGGUAACUUCACCAACUACAUCACCCGCUCUUUCAAGGAGCCCCGCCUCAUCAUCGUCACCGACCCCCGCACCGAUGCUCAGGCCAUCAAGGAGGCCAGCUACGUCAACAUCCCCGUCAUCGCCCUCUGCGACACUGACUCCCCCACCGACUUCGUUGACGUUGCCAUCCCCACCAACAACAAGGGUCGCCACGCCAUCGGUCUCGUCUGGUGGCUGCUCGCCCGUGAGGUCCUCCGCCUCCGUGGUACCAUCGCCUCCCGCGAGGUUGACUGGGACGUCGUUGUCGACCUGUACUUCUACCGUGACCCCGAGGCUGAGGAGAACAAGGAGAUCGCCGACGAGACCAAGGUUGCCUCCGCUGAGGAGGUUGGCCCCGCUGCCAUCGAGUCCGGCUACGCUGGUGACAACUGGGACACCGCCGGUGCUGGUGCUGGUGCUCCUGGCACUGCUUUCUCCGCUGCUACCGCUGCUGCUGGUACCAGCUGGGAGGCUGACGGUGCCGACUGGGCUGCCAGCUCUGCCGCUCCUGCUGGCGAGAGCUGGGCUGAGACCAAGCCCGCUGAGGGC